AUGAUGGUUUGUGGUUUGUGGAUAUUCCAGUUGUUGUGGCUAACAUUUUAUGCCUGGGGAGAAGAAGACUUCCAGUGGACUCAGAAUGAUCGUGGGUCUUUUUAUUAUGGGACAUUUCCAACUAGUUUCACAUGGGGUGUUGGCAGUUCUGCCUACCAGACAGAAGGAGCUUGGGACACAGAUGGUAAAGGACAGAGCAUCUGGGAUUCCUUCACUCAUAGGAAAGGCAAAGUAUUUAUGAACCAGACAGCUGACUCCUCAUGUGAUGGGUACUUUAAAGUCAAGGAGGAUAUGGAACUGCUGAAGGAGUUAAAGGUUUCUCAUUAUCGUCUCUCCAUCUCUUGGCCUCGGCUCAUCCCAACAGGAAUUAGAACUGAAGCAGUGAAUGAAAAGGGGAUUAAAUACUAUAAUGAUUUGAUUAACAGUCUCUUGGAAAACAAGAUAACUCCUGUGGUCACCUUAUAUCACUGGGAUCUGCCACAGACACUUCAGGAGCGGUUCAGUGGUUGGCAGAACAUCAGCAUGGUCACAUACUUCAAUGAUUAUGCCACUCUGUGCUUCGAGAGAUUUGGAGAUCGAGUGAAACACUGGAUUACUUUUAACAAUCCAUGGUCUGUGGCUGUUGAAGGCUAUGAAACUGGGGAACAUGCUCCAGGUCUGAAGCUGAGGGGUACAGGAGCAUACAAGGCAGCUCAUCACAUUAUUAGGGCACAUGCUAAGGUGUGGCACACUUAUAACAAGCACUGGCGCAGCAAGCACAAAGGUUUUGUUGGAAUCUCAUUAACCACUGAAUGGGGAGAACCUGUGGAUAUUUCGAGUCAGAAGGACAUUGAAGCUGCAGAAAGAUUUGUCCAGUUUAACUUUGGAUGGUUUGCAAAUCCGAUUUACAAUGGAGACUAUCCCCAGAUCAUGAAAGAAUAUAUAGGCCAGAAGAGUGCUCAGCAGGGAUUGGGCUUAUCACGGCUACCCACCUUCACUUCCCAGGAGAAGAGCUACAUCAAAGGAACAAGUGACUUCCUUGGGGUAGGACACUUUACCACCAGGUAUAUCACAAGCAGAAACUUCCCAUCCACCCAAGGGCCAAGUUACUACACUGACCGAGACUUGACAGAGCUGGUGGAUCCCAAGUGGCCUGAGCCAGAGUCUAAGGGGCUUUAUUCUGUUCCAUGGGGGUUUCGAAGGCUGCUCAACUUCGUAAAAACACAAUAUGGAAACCCAAUGGUUUACGUGACAGAGAAUGGUGUAUCUGAAAAAAUGCAGUGUGCUCAGCUGUGUGAUGAGUGGCGAAUACAAUACCUUAAAGGUUACAUUAAUGAGAUGCUAAAAGCUAUAAAGGAUGGUGUUAAUAUUCAAGGAUACACUGCCUGGUCUUUGUUGGAUAAAUUUGAAUGGGAUGAAGGCUUCUCUGAAAGAUUUGGGCUGUAUUUUGUGGAAUUCAGGAACAAAAACAAACCGCGUUAUCCAAAGGCUUCUGUGCAGUUUUAUAAGAAGAUUAUUAGUGCAAAUGGAUUUCCAAAUCAUCGGGAGGUGGAAAACUGGCAUCGCAAAUCUACAGAAACAUGCUCGACCACAAACCAGCUCCUGGCUGCAGAUCCACUGAUCACACAUAUGGAAAUGGUGACAGAAAUCGUGGUCCCAACAGUCUUUACCCUCUGCAUCCUUAUCAGUGCUGUGCUUCUAAUGAUCCUUCUCAGAAGACAGAGUUAGAAUCAUAUAUUGGAAAGCGACGUAGAUCCCAUUUUAGAAAAAUAGUAAA